AUGGCGGACAAGCGAACCUAUCCAAAAAAACACAGUGCCUUCAAAACCACUCGCCUGCGUCGGCGUUCUGGUCACCUAAAUCGGCCAUCUUACACCGAAAUGCCGUCCAAGUCACAGCCAAUCUCCGGCGAACCCUGUCCCCCUCGCGUUCUCCUCAUCCCUAGUGCAGGCAUGGGCCACCUCGUUCCCUUCGUCCGCCUCGCUGCCGCCCUCUCCGCUCGCCGCAUCGAUGUCUCCCUUCUCACCGCCCAUCCCACCAUUUCCGAGGCCGAAUCCCGCCUCAUUUCCUCCCUUCCCCCUUCUCUCGUUGUCGACUUUCCCCUCGCCCCUCUCGACCCCUCACUCUUCCCACCCUCCUCCGACCCCUUUCUCCUCCGCAUGGAGGCCCUUCGCCAUUCCGCUCACCUCCUACCGCCUAUCAUCUCCGCCUCCGCGCCAGUCUCUUCCCUCAUCGUCGACAUAUCCAUCGCCUCCAACUUCCUCCCCGUGGCCGCCGCCGUCAACAUCCCUUGCUUCGUUCUCUUCACUUCGUCUGCUGCCAUGCUCGCUCUCUGCUCUGUUUUUCCAUCCUAUUCUCUCUCCUCCGGCGACAUCGACAUCGCCGGCGUCAUCAAAAUACCUUCUUUUACCUUUCCACAGCCCCUCCACGACCCCAACCAUUUCUUCAAGACCCAAUUCGUUGAGAACGGCAAGGCGCUUACUCUGGCAAGCGGAAUUCUAGUCAAUACAUUUUCCGCCUUGGAGCCCAAGGUGCUCGCCGCGCUCAAUUCCGGCGAAGUCCUCCCCGGCCUUCCGCCGGUGAUCCCUGUAGGUCCUUUGCCUCCGGCAAGAAAGCAGCCAUCUUGUCCAUCGCCGGCCAUGCGGUGGCUCAACGAGCAGCCGGAGAGGUCGGUAAUUUAUGUCAGCUUCGGCAGUCGUACGGCGAUGUCGAAGGAGCAGAUUAGGGAACUGGGAGCUGGGCUGGAGAUGAGCGGAUACCGGUUUUUCUGGGUGAUAAAGAGCAAGAUGGUGGAUAGAGAAGAGAAAGGGGAGAUUGAGGAAUUGGUGGGAGAAGGAUAUGUGAAGAGAGUGGAAGGGAGGGGAGUGGUUGUGAUGGACUGGGUGGAGCAGGAGGUGGUUCUUGCUCAUCGGGCGGUGAUCGGAUUCUUGAGCCAUUGCGGGUGGAAUUCGAUGAUGGAGGCGUCAGCGGCGGGGGUGAGGGUGCUGGCCUGGCCGAGGGGGGGAGAUCAGAGGGUUAAUGCGGCGGUCGUGACGGCGAGUGGCCUCGGUAUUUGGCCGGAGGAGUGGGUGUGGGAAGGGGAGGAGGGAGUGGUUGUGGCGGAGGAGAUUGCGAAGAAGAUGACGGAGCUGAUGGUGGAUAAUGGGGUGGCGGAGAGGGUGGCGAAUCUGGCUAAGGAAGCGGCGGCUGCGGUGGCGGAGGGCGGGAGUUUGGGGAAUGGGUUAGCGCUGUUUCGUAGGUAA